AUGGUGUCUACGUUCAUGGAGGUCACGUCUUGCGAGUCCCAGGCCGAUGCCGUGAAGCACCUUGGCUUGUGCCAUUGGAAUCUGGAUGAGGCCAUCAAUCUCUACUUCAGUAACGCCGGCGGCAGCACCGAGACGCCGUCAGGUCCGUCCGCCGAUCCAAUCUUGCCUGAGGAAAACGCAGCCGAGCCGUCAGCUGGUUCGUGCGCCGAUCCAAUCUUACCUGACAAAGACCACGGCGAUGCAAUCGAGGGCGACUAUGAAGACGACGACGUGUGGGCUCCUCAGUACUAUGGCAACCAGAGUACCGCCGUCGACGCCGCCUUCGUCGUGGAGGUGUCAUCUCUUUCGCUAAGUGAAAUAGUCCCCACCGGGUGGGGAGAACCCGGAGUGGAAAACGUCGACGGCAGCAACCAGCAGGAGUUCCACGACGACGACGACGCUGAGCAGGACGACAACAUCAGCACGAAGGAAGACGACGGCGGCGGCAGCAUGCACAGCAGCAACGGGGAGGGAUAUGGUGAACACAACGACGAAGACUACGACUACGACAAUAUGUGCUACAGCGAGGAGGACGAUGAUGAUGCCUUCUACCUGUUCCGGCAUCCAUACGAGCUGAUGUACCGUGGGUCCUUCCACAAGGCCAAGGUGCACGCGGCGAGGCGGGAUCGGUUCCUGCUGGUCAACCUGCAGACAUCCAGCGGCGCCGGCGAUUUCCCGUCGCACAUGCAGAACCGAGACCUGUGGGCGGACGAGCUGGUCAAGAAGGUGAUUGUGGACAGCUUUGUGUUCUUCUUGCUUCAGACGGCCGGGGACAGCGACGCACACUUGGACGAGUGCUUGAAACUGGCUAGCUUCUACAAGCUCGAGAAGGAUGAGCUGCCUACCGUGCUUGUCCUCGACCCGAUCACGGGGCAGUUGCUAGCUAAGCGGAGCGGCACCAUGAUGCCUGACGAGUUCAUGCAGUUUGUUGAUGAGUACGUGAAAUCGAAUCCGAGCGCGAUAUCCAUGCCCAAGUUCGUCGAGAAAACGCCGGUGCUUCCUGCACCUGUGGGUGAUGCAGGCGGCGAGCAGGAGUUGGCAUGGGGAUCUGCCGUUGAACAAGUGCCGCCAGCAGUGUCCGAGAGCCCUGCUGCGCCUGCUGACGAUGAAGUUGGCGAGCAAGAACAGGAAAUUGCUAACAACUCUGCAGCUGCCGGCGGUGCCUGCAGCGAAAAAGAACACGUGCCGGUGCCUAAUACUGCUGAGUUGCCCGCCGAGAUGGUUGAUGUUUACGACGACGAGCCCAUGGAAGGCGAGGAAAUGUACAAGCUGAGGAUUCGGUUCCCCGACGGCGCCAUGGUCGCCAAGGAGUUCGGCUGCAAGAGGAGGGUCGCGUCGCUCUUCGCCUUCUGCAGAUCGGCCCUUCACGGUGGUGGAGGGCAGCAUGAGGAGGAGGGGGAGAAGAAGGCGAUCCGGAUUAUGAGAUUCGCUGGCCGCGCCUUGGUGGCGAUACAGGACGACGAUGCUGGUGCGACGUUUGAGGAACUGGGCCUGAACUUUGCAGCCGUGUCAGUUGUUUUCCAUGUCUAGCUCGGUCUUCAGAACCGCAAUAACAUUAGUCGCGUAGUCGACGUUUUUUUUCCUCGGUAAGAACUUAGUUGGCGCGUUGUUUUCGAUUUACUAUUG